AUAUACUAGUAAGACAUACGUACCAUACCCAUGUAUUUUAUGCGAACUACGGUAUGCGAAUGACUCACCAAAAAUCACGCGAUACAACCGGUAUCUCGACAAGAUGRUGUGUUUCCUUCACUGAACACCGAACACGGUAUCUGUAUCGUUCAAAAAUAGCGAGAUUGCAAACCCACAUCAUCAGCACGGAUCGUCACAAACCCGGSAUAUCGACAAUGAAGAGCUAUUCGCCAAUAACGCUACUCGCUCUCUCUUUGGCUCUCCGCCAGGAACACGCGGCCGGGUUUUCUCGUCCGAACCCCGAGGGGGGAUGUUCGCGCGCGGUGUCCUCGUCGGCAGCACAGCAGUCRRCCGGCAACCGGCGGGAYUGGCUCAAGCAGGCGGCGGGAGUGGUCGUGGCCACGACCGCGGCCGCAACCCCGCGGGUGGCACGGGCCGAGGAAAAACAAAAAAUGUUUGCCCCCGGYGGMACCCUCGUCGACUACCAGGUGGGCGUCCGGGUCGGAAACGAACGGGCGAGUGCCUCCCGCAGGAGCGACAACUCCAACGUUGUCUUCGGACAGGACUACUACUACAAGUUCGGGACGGCACCGAGCUUUAUUCCGGAGGGGGACACCUCCUUCCCGGUCAAGAUGCCCUUUGUCCUGAGCCAGCAGAGGUACGACGGCCUCAARAAAUACCGGGAGCGCGUCCAGCGCGGGAUCGACAAGGUCGCUUCGCUGAAAUCUUCCAUCUCCGCGGGAGACUUUGCCUCGAUCCCCCCCGCGGACGAUCCGGAGUACUCGAUCCGGAGUACUCGAUCCGGCCCAUGGGGCUGCUGGCCAACGCCUUUUUGGCCUCGGAAAACACGGGAACGACCAACGAGCUCUUUUUGGCCCGUUGGUACAUCAACGARAUCUACCUGGACCUGGCCGACAUCAAGCAGGCACCCUCGAAGGAAGCGGCCGAGACCGCGCACGCAAACGCGAUUCUGGCGCUKAACUCGUACCUCGGCAUGCUGAACCGUUCCAUCACGGCAAAGGUCGGGGAUCCCUUUGUUCUGGUCUGAGGGUAGAGGCGCUGCCAGCUGGCUUGCUUUUUGGUGGGACGGGCAAGCUUCAGCUGUUCCCAKUGGACAAACCGAAAGAGUUGGCUUUUUUUUUGUGAUUGUGUUUGCUCUUCCAAGAACUUUCGAAAAGAGAGGCCAUCGGGGCCACGCAAUACAACAAUGAACCRAAUGACGCAGCCGGAACGGUCCAGACCGUAUCGCGCAAAAUAACAAUGGCKCUCAGGCAAACUGUUGUAUGUCGUGUUCAUGCGGAAUUCUAUCGGCGAGGAUCUAUGAAAGCAGCCUAACAACGAAAUGGUUUUGAGUUAUCAAUCAAUAGGAAUGUCAUCG